AUGACGGAAGGUUUCGACUGCGACAACUGCAAGGAGUCCCUGUAUGGGCGGAAGUACAUCCAGAUGGACAUGGGCCCCUACUGCAUCCCCUGCUACGAUGCCCACUUCGCUAACACCUGCGAGGAAUGCAAGGAGCUGAUUGGCCACGACUGCAGGGAGCUGUACUACGAGGAUCGCCAUUACCACGAGCACUGCUUCCGGUGCUUCCGCUGCGACCGCUCUCUGGCCGACGAGCCGUUCACCUGCCAGGACGAGGAGCUGCUGUGCAACGACUGCUACUGCAGCGAGUUCUCCUCCAAGUGCGUCGCAUGUGAGAAGACCGUCAUGCCAGGAUCCCGGAAACUGGAAUACAGCGGACAAACCUGGCAUGAGCAUUGCUUCAUUUGCAGCAGCUGUCAGCAGCCCAUCGGGUCGCGGUCCUUUAUCCCAGACAAGAAGGAUUAUUAUUGCGUCCCCUGCUAUGAGAGCAAAUUUGCCCCCCGCUGCACUCGUUGCAAAAAGUCGCUGACCAAGGGAGGAGUGACUUACCGUGACGAGCCCUGGCACAAGGAGUGCUUUGUCUGCACUGGUUGCAAGGUCCCCCUGGCAGGCCAGCAGUUCACCUCCCAGGAGGACAACCCCUACUGUGUGAAGUGCUUUGGGAAUCUCUAUGCCAAGAAGUGCAGCGCCUGCGCCAAGCCCAUCACAGGCUUCGGAGGGGGUAAAUACAUCUCCUUUGAGGAUCGUCACUGGCACCACAACUGCUUCAACUGUGCCCGCUGCACCAGCUCACUGGUGGGGAAAGGCUUCAUCCCGCACCACGACGAGAUCCUCUGCCGCGACUGCAGCAGCAACCUAUAAGCCUGGCAAGAGGACGUGGAUCAGGGGCUUUAUCUGCUCUUCAGGGGCUUUGUGCCAGACACCCUGGGCAGGUGGGAGAUGUGCCUUUUGUUGCCCUGGAGAGGCCUGAUCCCCUCACCACAGUGUAUGCUCGGGGUGCCUGUGCCCUUCCCCUGAAGGCUAGAAUAAGCCACCCUAGGCUUUCUGCAGAGUGAAGCUAAAUAAACGCCAAACAAAAGGA